GCUACAUGAUUUAAUAAACAGUGAAAAUGAAUUGUGAAAAAAAGAGACUCAGCAGCUCAAACUGGAGAUACAGACGGAGAGAGGAGCAUUCAGAGCUUCAGACACCUGCAGAGAAGAUGGAGAUGAAGAUGAGCUGUGUGUGUUUGGUGCUGGGGCUGGUCCUGCUGAUGACCAUCUCCUCAGAUGCUGCCCCUCUAGUUCUUGGCCAGCCUAAUCUGUGCUGUUUCAUCUUCGCCACUUUAAAGAUUCCACAUCAAGAAAUACAAGCAGUUGUAAAAACACAUCACAACUGCCCAAAGCGCGGCUAUGUGGUUGUGGCGAAAAGAGGCAAGUUCUGCAAGGAGGAAGUAGUCCUGAAGUAAAUCAGUGCUGCAGCUACAACGGAACUCAGACGAAGCUGACAUAGGGCCUAAAAGCUUUACGCAGUCUUUUUAAUAUUAUCACUGAUUGUUUAACUCUGUGGGUAUGGCAAAAAUGUCUGCAGAGAAAAACUAACAUCAUGAAGACAAUUUAGGUUUUCUAUAGGAUAUAAACUGUACAAAGAGCUUCUAUAUACUCCAGAUACAGCACA